AGGGAUGGCCCCUUGCUCAAAGCGAGCUGACGUGACCAGCGCCGAGGGGAGAGCGCACAAAGCGGCGCGCAAAGCGCCUCCCAAGGAGGCUGGGCAGGCGCGGGCUGCGAGUGAGUCCCCGUAAGGGACCUCGGCUCUGGCUCCUCCUCGCCGCGGGUCUGCGAUUGCCUGCGAGAGAUGUUCAACCGCGCAGUGUCCAGGCUCAGCAGGAAACGGCCGCCUUCAGAAAUAAAUGACAGUGACAGCAAGCCAAGCAGCAGCAACCAAAUUCUAAAUGGCACAGCAAGAUGGGCUAUAUCGCUAGAAAAUCUACUGGAUGAUCCAGAAGGCAUCAAGAGAUUUAGGGAAUUUUUAAAAAAAGAAUUUAGUGAAGAAAAUGUUUUGUUUUGGCUAGCGUGUGAAGAGUUUAAGAAGACACAAGAUAAAAAACAGAUGCAAAAAAAGGCAAAUGAAAUUUACAUGACUUUCCUGUCAAGUAAAGCUUCUUAUCAAGUCAAUGUUGAAGGACAGUCCCGUUUGGAUGAAUCAAUAUUGGAACAACCUCACCCUCUGAUGUUUCAGAAACUUCAAGACCAAAUCUUCAACCUCAUGAAGUACGAUAGCUACAGCCGCUUCCUAAAGUCAGAUAUGUUUCUUAAACUGAAGCAGACUGAAGAACAAGAAGAUAAUUCAUCAGAUGCUCAAACUGCAGCAAAAAGAGCUUCUAGAAUUUACAACACAUGAUCCAAAUAAUAACAAAUUAUAUAUUCCACUGACAUUAUAAUGAACACCAAAUGAAUUCUCAGGAAUGGUCUCUGGGGUUAACACAAUUGAUUUAAAGUUUAGAAAACACAGAACCCUGUUAGGCAAUGUUUAACUAACUUAUAAACUUGAACAACCAAAUUGAUGCCUACUACUGAAACACCUUGCCCUAGGCAGUUCUGGCAAACCCCAGGAACAAUUGAAUGAUGUGUAUCAUGAGUAAUCUGC